AUGUUUAGACCCACACGGCACCGUCAGAUAUCGCUCAAGUCGAUUCUCGCUUCCUUCAAGCGGAUCCGGAAGACUGAAGAGGUUAAUGAGCCGCUCAAGGAAAUCCCGAGUUCUACUGGCUCGGGCGCAUCUGUGGAACCGGUGGACUUCGAAGUCCUGGGCAUGACUUCGAGCAUGUUAAACAUCAAACUGCCGAAUGCUUCGAUUAUCAACCUCCGCUACAGCAACGCAAACCAGUCGGUGAUAGCAUUGAACGGCAAAGUCACGUCCUUGGCGGUGGAACUGGGAAAACUCGAAGGAGGCCUGAUUUUUCAGCGAUGCUUCAACACCUCUGGGCCAAUGUCGAUCUUGAUGGCCAACAAGCUGCAAAACUCCAACUUUACGGUAGUCAAUGUGUCAAAGGACACAAUUUGGAUAGUGGAUAGAGACAGCUUAGUGGCUUGGACUGGGAACUACAUUGAUUUGACAGGAGAGAGAAAACUGGUGAAAGUGGUAGGAUCCGGCAAGAUCGUGCUGAGCUCACCAGGGCAAACACUUCAGAUGACCCUCCAGGACGGAGAGACCGUGAGCGUGAACCCCUCGACCGUCGUUGCAUACACGGGAGAGACCCCGGUCGGACCUCGAAGCAUAGUCGACUUUGCUGUUCCGGGGAUAUCUUGGCUCACAAAAGUGUGUGGAUCGUGGGCUUCAUUUACAUCGUACGUUCGCGACAAGUUCCAGAUCCAAAAGCCGCAGAUCAAGGUCCAUCCAUGGAUAAGCAGUGCCUUCUCGCAGACAGCAGGUUUCGCUAGAAGAGUAGUAAACCGGCUGGUGACUGGCAAUCCUGACUAUAUGAUUGAAUUUUCUGGCCCACGGACCGUGCUGAUCAGCGAUGGAGUCCACUUCAAGGACAAAAUCAUGACCAAGGAGCAAAUAGAAAAAUUGAAAAAAAACUAG